AUGAUUUUCAUCUUGUGGUUGUUGGUCUGGUUAUUCAGUAUUGUUCAUCCAUUCUUGAAUGGUAUUUAUUUAAUCACCUUCUUGGAAUAUGAGCAAAAUCAAAUUAGUAGUAUGGCUCUCUGCAAGAAUGUCAAUAUCAUGAUUAAGAUUGAGUACAUUUCUCACCUCGUUCUCUUUGUUGUUCUUUCCAUUUUCUUCAACUCGACCUAUGUGGCACUUAUUCUCAACGCACCCAUUCUCAUCUAUCACUUGAAAUGUUAUUUGGACAAGAGCUAUGAAUUGGAUCCAACAGAUUUAUAUCGAGAAAUUGGAAAGAGAAAGAAGGAAUCAAUUGCUCAUAUUGUCUAUUAUGUAAUCCUCUUCGGAUUCUAUCUUUAUAGCUUUAUUAGAGCAGUCAUUGAUUUUGAAGCCCACUAA